AAAUCGUCGAGUGACAAACUUACAUGAUUUAGUUUUAAAAUGUAUCCAUUAUCAAUAAUUAUCUUAUUGAUAAUAGACAAUAAAUUUAUUGUCGCCUUUAAUAACGAAUGUGAUAAUCUGAACCAUCUGUGUAGUGAUUCCAUGACUUGUAGAGACUGCAUACGCAAAAAUCAUUGUUGUGUUUGGUGCUACGAUCAGGAUUUUGUAGGUAAGCGCUGCUUUGCAAAAGGCACAUUACAGGAUCAAAAAUGUAACUCUAAUGGGACCGAAAACAAUGUUGCAACAUCCGUGACUAUUACAAAACAAAAUUCGUUUGCUGACGUCAAAGAAGAUGUAAAUGGAGCAGUUCAGUUGAGUCCCCAAGAGUUUAACAUAUUUCUAAGACAUGAGGAACCGAUUAAUCUCACUAUAACCUAUCGACCUGCCAAGAAUUUUCCUUUAGAUUUGUAUUACUUGAUGGACCUUACAUGGUCAAUGAAGCCUGAUUUGGAGACUUUAAAAACAUUAGGAUCUAGCUUAACUACGCACCUCGAAAAGUUGACAAAAAAUUACCACAUUGCUUUUGGAUCCUACAUAGAUAAACCAGAAGUGCCAUACUAUCUAACGGAUCCCACAAAUAGAGACAAUCCAUGCAAUAUAGACGGUGGAACAUGUGAAAAAGGAUAUGUCUUCAAACAUAGAAUUAAUUUCACGAAUUAUGUAAAGAUGUUCAUUGAAAAAGUUACUAAAAGUGAUGUUUCUGCAAAUUUAGACGACCUUGAAGGUGGAUUGGAUGCUCUUAUGCAAAUAUUAUUUUGUGGAAAAAAGCUGGGUUGGCGUACAAACUCGAGAAAAUUAGUUUUAGUAGCAACAGAAGCAGGAAUGCAUCUUGCGGGCGACGGUAUUCUUGGAGGUUACACAAAAAGAAAUGAAAAAGGAAAAUGUUUGGUUGAUAAUGACGGAAAUUAUGUGCUUUCGCAGUACUAUGAUUAUCCGUCAUUAGAAGAAGUGGAUAAGCAACUUAAAGACAAAAAAACCAAUUUGAUCGUAGCUGCAAAGUCUCAUAUGUAUUACUACUAUAAAAGAAUGGCAGACGUUUUGAAAGAAGCUAUUUACGUUGGAGAACUUCAAAUUAAUUCCACCAAUGUACUGAAUUUGGUAGAUGAAGGUUACUAUUCUUUUAUACGGAAAGUAAAUCUCUUUACAACAGAAAUAGAUGGGUUAGAGGUAGACUUUUUUGCUGAUUGCGAUGGAAAUGGCAUUUGGAAAAAAAAACAAACUUGUACUAAUGCAGAAGAAGGAAAGGAAAUAAAUUUCAAGGUUCAACUCAUGUUAACAAAGUAUCAGAACAAGGAAUCUGACGUACUAUAUAUAGAAGAAAGCAAUAUUCAGGAAAAAAUAAAAAUUAAUUUAAACUAUGUUGGAUCAACAUGCACUUGCCUGUAUCUGGAACAAAAAGGGCAGAAAACAUGUGACCAUGGGGAAUUUAAUUGUGGUGACUGCCUGUGUGAAGAAGGGUGGACAGGAGACACUUGCUCCGAACAGUGUAUUAACAAUCAAAAUAUGUGCCGUUAUGUGGAUAAUAAUAAUAUAACAUCAUUGACGUGUUCUGGGCGUGGCAACUGCAUCUGCAGCAAAUGUAAUUGUCAAUCGAAACGUUACCAAGGAGAGUUUUGCGAGUGGGAAUGUCCAUAUGACAAGUCGACCCAACAAGUGUGUGCAGGUAACGGUAUAUGUACAAAUGGUACCUGUGAAUGUAAAGAAAAUUACAGUGGCGAAAAAUGUUCAUGUCAUAAUUCUAUAGAAAACUGUAAAAUUCCCGGAUAUGAUGGAAACGAUAGCAUAUGUAACGGAAAAGGCACGUGCAACUGUAAUACAUGUGAAUGUGACAAGGGCUCCUCAGGACAUUACUGUGAAAACUGUGAUGGUUGUCAGGGAUUAUGCAACAGAUUCAACUCACAAGUGAUCGAGCACGUAAUUAACAGGAAUCAACAAAUUAAACCUGUGCGCGUUGAAAUAGUUGAAGAUCUACCAGAAGAAAAACGAUCCUGUGUCCAUCGAUAUGAACAGGAUGGCAAAAAGUGCGAUAUUUUUUAUACAUAUAAUACAAUCUGGAAAGAUAAUUCAGUUCUUGUAAAAGCAACAGAACCAAUUUGUAAUGCACCUCUGGCUGCAGGAACACUUGUUGGAUUAAUAAUAGGGGCUUUUCUAUUACUUGCAUUUAUCAUUAUCGUUGUGUGGAAAGGAAGAAACUGGAUUCGGGACAAGCGAGAGUAUCAAGAAUUUCUGAGAGCUCGUGAGCAAUCAAAACAUUCAGAAGAAAAUCCGAUCUACAAGAACCCUGUCGUUACUUAUAACAACCCCAUGGAAAAAGCGACAGUACAGACUUAAUAUGACUAACCUUUGGUUUUACAACAACUAUUAAUUAUUAUCAGCAACCUAUGAAUCAUUACUUUGACAGCAUUGUGUUAAUUCUUGGAGGAAGGAUGUUAGGAGGGCGCAUGAACUGUACUUGCAACUUGCAAUGUAAAUGUACCUUUUUAUAAAGUCCUUUUUGGUAAACGCACACAUCAGUGACAGUUGUAUGAGACAUUGAACAGGGACCGACUCUAAAUGUUUACGCCAGUGGCAUGCUUUUAUCGAAACGUGUACUGAUGACCCACGGUUUUAAGUACAGGGGACUUCUCCGGUACAAUGAAUUUUAUUUUCCCCCGCUUCACUGAAUUCUACAUUGGCAAAACUUUUAGUGAACUGCAUUUAUUUUUCUAACUUUUUUAUCAUAUAAAAAAUGAGAAUUGAAAAUUGUACUUUUUAUUUACUAGCUACACUUUCGAUUAUAUUUUCCGUAUUAAUUGUUCUGAUUUUGGGAUUCGCCAUUCGUCAGUUCCAUUUUUAAUAUUAAAAAGACAGUGAAAGUUAUUCAUUUGUUAUCUCAAUUUGUAUUUUAUUGGCGUCAUUCGAUCGUGUAAUAUUAUCGAUUUUACUUACCUGAUCUGAGCCAGAUGAAAUUGCAUCAAGUGAAAUAAAGCUUUUGUAUAGCCGGUGGUUUAAAAAUGAUUUUUUUAGUGUAAUUUUUGAAAUGAUUAAGUCAUUCAUUGUUUUAAAUAAAGCCUUAUGAAAGAACUAAGCAGCGAUAAGUUUUAUAAAAUGUUUGGAAGAUUUCACGGAAACAGUAAAAAAUAAAAUUCAUUCUAUUGUUUCAUUUUCUCAUGUGCUCAAAGCCGUAGAUCACCAUAAAAUUCAUAGGGCUUACGUAUUAUAAUUUUAUAUAUGGG